AAAUAUUAUGAGUAAAAAUUCAAGGUUUUCAUUCCCCAAAGCUCCUCGCUUCCCAUCACUUCAUAGAGUAAAUGAUAUCCCAUUUUAUAACAUUCCAUCCACAAUCAAAAAGCGUUCUAUUAGUCUCGGUGAGAGAUUACCAAUAAAAAUUAUAUCCAACACACCCUCUCCUCAGCAUUAUGCGCUUUAAGAUACAAAAUCUCAAAUGAAAAAAUCAUUCGGGAUAGGCAGAGAUGUAAGUUAGAUUCUAACUUAGAGAAUGUAUCAACCGAUGAAAUCAUUAAGUCAGACACCAGGCCCUCAAGUUUAUAAACUUCCAAACACUCUUAAAAAAAUCAGUUAUUCCAUACGUCCUCGUUUGAAAAUAUAAACCGAAUCUUCAAUAACCCCAGGGCCAGGAUCAUAUCAUAUUGCUGCCAGUCGACUAAAAACUAUCAUUUGA